CUCAAGCGAGACAUGUUGUUACCAGUGCGACCAGGCUGGGGAUGAUGUCCGAGGAUUUUGGCGAGGAAGAUAGUUUCGGGGCGAGGGCUAUGCAGGAGAGAACCCACGCGGAGCUGCAGGAGAUGGUAUCCUCGCACAACAUCUUGGCUUUUAUCAAGGGCAAUCGGCUUAUGCCGCAGUGCGGCUACAGCGGCACUUUGGUGAACAUCCUGCAAAGCCUGUCGGUGCCGUUCGAGACUGUCGACGUUCUGGCCGACGAGCGCAUCCGACAAGGAAUAAAGGACUUCAGCAACUGGCCAACAAUCCCGCAGCUGUACCUGGGAGGGGAAUUUAUUGGCGGCGCCGACAUCGUAAUUGAGUUGUUCCAAUCGGGAGAGUUGCAAGAGAUGAUUGAAGUUGCUGCGGCAUCUUAGAAGAAGCGAGUUUUCUUUUUUUUUGCUGGCACGCUGCGCGUCAUGCCCUGCUCGAUUUUGUUUUG